GACCAUGAACGGCAUCCAGGCACUGCCACGCCGGCCCGGCCGUUGGUCCGAGGUCGCGAGAAAUGUGCACCUGUCCGUGGCAUUCGCCAUGAAAUUCGCGAAUUCGAUACUAGAUCGAUGGCACAUUCCGUCCCUGGAGUCGAUGCGAAGUGGUGCCACCGAUCGUCCGUCCUCCUCGGACCUCGCCUUGCCUUGCAGGGAAAGGUUCGGCGAUUCCCGUUCGCCUGCGGAAAGAGAUUCCGAUUUCGGUGCCAAGAAUUUUGAGCCCCGAUGGUGACCAGGAGAGGCGAUGCGGUGCCGACCCGGCGCGUUGGAUUAUUGAAAUUGGUCUCGUGUCACCUUUUGCAGCUUUCGAAAUUGCUUUCCUGCAGUGAGUGCAGAGCUUUCCAGACAGAACGCAGUAAUCAAAGAGACUGGAAAUGUGCGAACGAGCGCGUAUAGCUGCAGCUGCCAUUGGUGGAUCCGACUGCAGGAUCUAGAUCUGCGUGAGGUGAGCGAAAGGGAGGGAUCCGCUCGCUCGUCCACGCCCAACAGAUGGAGCUCGUUGUCUGGAUGUGAAGUCGAGCACAUCUCUUCGGCGCACGUGAACGCAAGAUGGGGUGGAUUUAAAAGAGAAUAUCCAGCAUCUUCCCGCUUUCGAGCGGAUUUUGCAAGGCAUAUCCGCCGGGGGUUCCGUGUUCAGAGGGCGCUUUCAAAAUCCCAUGCCGCAGAAUUGGAGGUUCAUGUUGCUCAGCCGCUUCUAAAGUAAGGCAGGAUGACAAAUUUCUUGCAGGGCUGAUGCUUCUCACUGCGCCCACCCCACGCGAAGAUUGGCGAUCGGCUGUCUGAACCCGAUUGUCAUCAUCGUACAAACGCCUCGGAAUAUCUCCCCUUUACACUGGCAUCUUCUGUCAUAUGCUCGAUCUUUUAUCCGGAUCAGUCUUGCUGCAGGUGGAAUCUCGAUCACAGUCUUCCUCGCAUUGAUCUAGCCAUUCCGUGGACCUGCGGCACAGCAUCCAUCCCUGAUCUGACUGAUUGGUUCAGAUCCAACACUGAAGCCUCGCGACUGCUAAAUCGUAUUCAUGCAUGCAUGUGAUACCGGGACUUAUCUCUGCUGACAAUUCGGAAACACACUUACAUGGAAAUUUUUCGAGGUCGAAGAAAGUUUGUCCCGUAAGAGGAGUUUAUGACUUUCCUUUGGCGAGAGAGAUGAGGGAGAGAAUGUGCUCUUUACAAAUGGCUCUUCAAAACUGAGAGAGGUGAUAGGAUAAGGGCUCAGGUCCAAAGCCCGAGGCUUGUUCUCGAUUCUGUUCAGCAGACUUUCAGUGUAUUAAGUCGACGGAACAACAUUAAAGAACUGCGAGACAAGUGGCGAGUUGCUUGCUCAAGUCAUACGCUGGAAGAUUUAGAAAAAAAGGGUCCACUACACGGUGUUCAUUUUUUGAGGCUACCAACGAGUAUCCUGAUGACAUGAUCACAUCGAUGACUGCAUUCACUUGAAACCAUUGAGAUUGAAUGGACCUUCUAUCGUCCGAACUAUACCAUUCCAUAUGAAGCCAUACAUUUAUUCUAUCUGUAUGAAAUAAACAUUCUACUGAAAUUGA